AUGGCUUGCACACACGUGAACGCGCCCGAGCUCCAUCCGCCAGGACCAACACAGUCUGUAUACCGGGAAGACUGCACGCAGUGCUUUGACUCGAUCGAUGACCCCACCGGCCUUGAUGUGUGCCUCUACUGUUUCAACGGUGGAUGUACGAGUGAUCGAAACCAUGCUCUCCUCCAUGUUUCUUCUACGAACCACCCACUCGUCCUGAACAUCAAGCGCACACGCAAGAGGGUCACGCGCGAUGAGCCCCCUCAAAAGAUGACGAAGCUCGCCGUUGCAGCUGAAACCGAGUCUGACCGGUACGAUACCACGACCCAAGUCAAAUGCUAUGAGUGCGGCGUCGACGAUGUAGACAAGAGCUCAGGAAAGCUUCCGGAUAUUGUAGACGCAGUUCUCAAGGCGAACACAUUUGCGAAGCAGCAGGAAGUCAAGGCAUGGGAGCAAGAGUUGACCGCCUGCGAACAUACACUCUGCUUGGAACAGCAGGCAGCGCGACAGAUAGAGUCUCAAAGCUUGGGCCAUUGUUCCGAGUGUGAGCUCAACGAAAACCUUUGGCUAUGCUUGACCUGCGGCAAUUUGGGUUGUGGCCGUCAGCAAUUCGGUGGCGUUGGUGGCAAUUCACACGGCGUUGGACACACAAAGUCGACCGGUCAUCCGGUUGCAGUCAAGCUCGGAUCUCUCACCGCGGAUGGUACGGCCGAUAUUUACUGUUACGCUUGUGACGAAGAGCGCAUAGAUCCUGAGCUGCCUGACCAUCUAGCACACUGGGGUAUCAACAUCAAAGAUAGGGUCAAGACAGAGAAGAGUCUUACGGAGAUGCAGGUCGAGCAGAAUUUGCGAUGGGAUUUUGCUAUGGUGACUGAAGACGGCAAAGAGCUACAACCAUUAUUCGGACCAAACUUCACAGGCUUGAAAAACUUGGGCAACAGUUGCUACCUUAAUAGUACCCUCCAGGCUUUGUUCUCGAUCCAAGAGUUCAAGGACCGGUAUUAUCUCCCUAACGAAGCCCCACCGCAGACACCGCUACCCGCCGAAGAUCUAGAAACUCAGCUACGCAAGAUCGCCGAUGGAAUGAUCUCAGGUCGGUAUUCAAAGCCGGACAGCGACGUCACUACCAGCGAGCAUAGCCCUGCGGUUCCACACCAGCGCGGCCUUGCGCCUGCCAUGCUCAAACAUCUGAUCGGAAGAGGCCACGCUGAGUUUUCAACUAUGCGACAACAGGAUGCGUUCGAACUACUUUUGCAUAUGCUUCAACUAGUCUCACGCAGUAAGCAUGUUGAGCCUCAUAAGGAUCCAGUCGGCGCCUUCCGCUUUGCCAUGGAGCAACGGCUACAGUGUGUUAGCUGUAAACGUGUUCGGUACAAGACAGACGAGCAGGAGAAUAUCUCUAUCCCAGUUCCCAUCCGCAGAAUCCCGAAAGACUCGCAGAUGGACGUUACCGAUAGAAACGGCAAAACGGAAGAGAAGGAAGAGUUUGAGCCAGUAUCGCUGAAGGAGUGUCUCGACAUCUUUACAGCUGAAGAAUUGGUCGAGCUUACUUGCGGUGCGUGUGGCAGCAAGGAUGGAUUCACGAAGAGGAGCAUGUUCAAGACUUUCCCUUCAGUAUUGGCUGUCAAUGCCAGGCGCUUCGAACUGGUCAACUGGGUGCCCACCAAGCAAGAUGUUCCCGUUAUUGUCAACGAUGAACCGUUCUCUUUCGACGCCUACAAGUCAAAGGGAUUGAGCGAAGGUGAGGAGCUUCUUCCAGAAGACGCAGACACAGGAGCGGCUGGAGGUUCAAAAUGGUCACCUAACGAAGCUGCACUAUCGAUGCUCGAAGCCAUGGGUUUCCCUAGGGUCAGAUGUGAGAAGGCUCUGCAUGCCACUGGCAAUGAAGAUGCUGAAGCAGCAACGACCUGGCUAUUCUCACAUAUGGAGGAUCCAGAUAUCGAUGAUCCUGUCGACUUCAAUGCUGGUUCUGGCGGAGGCGCGGCUGCUGCAUCUGUUCUCGACCCUGAGAAGAUUGAGAACCUAGGGGCCAUGGGAUUCAAUGCUCCCCAAGCACGUCAGGCUUUAAAGGAAACAGGCGGUGAUAUGGAGCGUGCUGUCGACUGGCUGUUUAGUCACCCGGAUGCACCCGGCGACUUUGACGAAGGCGGUGGCUCUGAAGGACCUGCUGAGCCAACAGAGAAGCCAUUGGCUGGUAGCGAGGCGCUGCCUGCAAACUUCCAACUGCAGUCCAUCGUAUGCCACAAGGGUAGCUCGAUACAUGCUGGCCACUAUGUCGCGUUUGUGCGCAAGCAGUUGCCAGAUGAUCAAGCUGCAUCAUGGGUGCUCUUUAACGACGAGAAGGUCGCUAAGGCAGCCGACGUGGAGGAGAUGAAGAAGUUUGCCUAUGUAUAUUUCUUCAGGCGUUUGUAA